AUGCAGUCUCUGUUCGGCGGAGGGGAGCUGGGGCUGCUGGGAGGAGGCAGCGACGCAGGGGGCCUGAAGGAGGAUGGCUGCGGCAGCGUGGCGUGGCAUUCCUCCACCCUGCCCGCCGACGACGUCUACUCGGCCUCCCACUUUGCCCUCAUCACCGCCUAUCAGGACAUCAAGACCCGGCUGGCCUGCCUGGAGCGGGAAAACACCAGCAUCAAGAGGAAACUCAAGAUUUAUGAGAUCAAGGUGAACCGUUUUCUCUUCAGAGUCGGAUUACAAAGUCAAAUUUUGAAGAGUUUCGAUUUUUUGCAGUUGUUUUUGUCCUUGUGGGUUCCAGUCAGAAGGCCCCCGGCGCCUGAAAUGAUAAAGCCGGUCUGUUUUAUGAUUUAUUGGAGGUCUUUCAAAAGGGGGCAGUCCUCUCGGCCUCGGCGUUUUCCAUUUUUAUUGAGGCUGCGAGGUUGUAUACAGAUAAAAAGAAAACGUCGGUGGGCUUUGAUCGCAAACCAGCGGGGGGAACAGACUCUAAAUGUGGGAAAUAUUUCUUCUAUGUCGACUUUGGUUUGAAGUCGUAAGUCAGAGAUCUGGAAACAUUUCAGAAAACCAGAAGAGUUUAAGAUUUAAGAAACGUUAACAGAAUCAGACUCUGGUGGGAGCGAAUGUGGAAAUUAAACUUUAAAAAAUGUAAAAGAUCCGUUUAACAGCCGAGAUGAUGUUUUAUUGAUGAAAGAUGGAUAAUCAGGAGAGGUCAACGCCUUUUUAGAUCAAUACAACUUAUUUUAUCUGGAGUUUUAUGAAUGCAAACUGGUUUUCAGUCAACUAAGACUGGUCCUCGUCGACUCUUGAAAGUCUAACUGGAGAUUUUUUUAAUUCAAGGUCAGAAAAACUUUGAUGUGAGGUGUGUAAAUGCUGAAAUUAACGUGACUUUUAAUGACAUUUUAAAGCAGUUUUUUUAAGCAUGCAUACACAAACAGCAAACAGAGGAAAGAAGGUAAGAAAAUGGAUCACAAUGCAAGAUAAAAACACAAAGGACUUAAGAGACUUGCAAGACUAAAAGCUUUUAGAUUUGGAAACUUGAGAUAACUGUAUUGUUAAAUAUUUCACGUCUGUGUUAGUCAUCUUAAAAACUCUUAAAACUGAUGUAAAAUUGUGCUGCAGUCUUAGUUUGUGAUAUUUUGGAUUGCCUGAUUUAAAAGUAUCUUCUUAUAUAUUUUUAUUAUAUUCUUUGUCACUGUUUAACACAAUCAACAUCAGGGGUGGGAGAAAAAAAUCGAUACAGCGAAGUCUGGCGAUAUUUUGUCUGGUGAUAUAUCAUAUCAUCUCAUUUACCAAGUAUCAAAUAUAUUGCUAAUAUGAAGUCAAAUUUAUGAUAAUGGAAAUAUAAAAUUAACUGUUUGUCCAGUGAGGUUUGCAGAGGUCAGAAAGUUUGUACAACAAAUAUAUAUAAAUGUAGGGUUUGUAAGAUGUGCGACAUGAUAAUAAAUUACAGUGUAAUUAAGACAAACGCAAAGGAAAGACAAAUAAAGCUCAAUUAUCUACACAGUUGAAAAAAAUGUCAUAUAAGGUAUAUAGUAUAUAUAAUAUGUAGUGGGGCCACGUGAUUCCCACCCCUAAUCAACAUCAUAAAUCACAGUUAUCUGCGACAAUCAGGACAAAUAUUGAAGUGCGUACCAGGUGUUGAUAUAGCCACACUUUAAAGGUAGUUACGUAUAUUUACGGUAGUUUCUCGCCAACGCCAAGACGACCAAAUUUUAGAUAACUGAUCAACUUUAGGGUUACACUUUGCUGUCGUUUCUGUUGUUUGUUAAAUAAGCAUAGAUAUUCGUUGGGCUUGUUUGAGACGUCAAGAAAAGACAUUUUAUGACUUUUAUGAACUUAAAGGUUGUAUUCACCAUUCUUUAAGAGGUCAGUUAGGGUUAGGGAGGUUUGUAUUUUUAGUUUCUCGCCAACACGAAGACGACCAAAUUUCAGAUUAUUGACCAACUUUACAAAAACACGCGGUUACACUGCGCUGUCGUUUCUGUUGUUUGUUAAAUUAGCGUAGAUAUUCAUUGGGCUUGUUUGAGACGUCAAGGAACAGCAAGAAGUUUAGAUUCGGUCUUCAACUAUUUACAGUAAUGACACUAUUUUACAUUGACUUUUAUGAACUUUUGAACUUUUAGGUUCAUACAAGUCGAUGAGGGUUUAAGACUGUGAGGGUCCAGCUGGUGUAAGGUAAACGUGAAUCAUGUCGUCAUUAUUUUAACAUCUUUUUAAACUCUUUUUAGAUCUUAUUAAAUCUGCUCUUUUGGGUUCAAACUGUAAGGAAACCAGAUUUUUAACUAACGUGACUUUGGUGACAAAGUUCAGGUUUAACUGUGAAAUGACGGUGCAGCUCCAACACUGAGAGGGUUUUAGACUCAGAAUUAUAGAUUUACAUCCCAGAGAGAGUCUGUUUGGCUCUCCUGUUUAAAAAAGUCCCUCCGGAUUUAAUGACGAUAACAGAAUAUCAGCCGCUUGGCUUGGAGUCAGUGAUAUCGUAAACAUCUCCGCUCUGCCAGGCCUGUUUCAUCGUCGGUGGGAAUCAGACGGUGUUUUUCGGUCGGAUGAGGAAGCAGAUGAGGCAGAAAUCCACCUCCUAGCAGUAGCUGCGCCAAACAGGCAGAUAUUCUGGGGGACCGAGCGUAAAGACACGGCGUGGGAGGACAUGAAAUGAGCAAAAAGUGGAAAAAAUAAGUGAAAGCAGGGAGUUAAACGGGCGAGAAGAGGGAGGAGAAAUGAGCCGGUUAAGGGAGAUAAAGAUAUGAAGAUAAAACUGCUGAAAUUAAGAACAAAAGACAACAACAAAAAAAAAGUUAUUCCAGGAAUUAAAGUCGAGAAACAGACGUGUUCACUCUCUCCAGGUACAUCAUGGCUUCUUGUUUUUGUCCUGAUGUCGAGGAAAGAGAAGCUUCAGCAGACAGAAAGAUAACAAAGAGGCUUUUGUAGCCGGAAAUGCUGAGAAAGACGUUUCCAAAAAAGAUGCAGAGAAGUCGCUUCAUUACGAUCUGCAAGAGGCGCUGCUGAACUCUGGAUUUUAGGAUGUUGGUGUUUCCUUAAACUUUGACUCUGGAGCUCCUGAAUCCAAAGAAGUGGAUUAUUUCUUUAGUUAAAUGUGUUUUUCUUUAUCUGAAACGACACAUAAAACUUUAACCUUUAGUCUUUUAUUCCAUUAGUCAGCUUUUCUGAGCCGUCUCAGCGUCCUCAUGAUGGUUCUUCACUCCUAAGUCGACCCUUCGUUGUUGUUUCUCUUCAGCGUCCAGUGUUGGUGCAGGAAUCCUGCAUCUUAUUAGCUGUGGGCAGCUGUUACUGAGCGCCGCAGGCCGCCACAUCACUGUUGACUGUUUGUGAGGGAGAGUUUGUUCAGGACUUAAUCCCAGAGAGAGAGAGAGAGGUGUUGAUAUUUCUGAGAGCAGGUGUGGAGCUGCAGCGGUCACACCUGUGCAUCUGUAGAUACAGCGUUCGCCUCUUUUUUUCAGCUGCAGAUAAUCCAUCAAUAUUGACAGAUUUUAAACUAUUUUAACUAUUUUAACUUCUUGUCGAAGCGUUAUUAUUAUCGCCGCAGGCUCUCUGCAGACACAGGAGGACUGUGUACGGCUGCAGUAACCAUGUCGAUGGAAGUGCUUCUGCUCUGAGCAAGGCGGUCCUCCACUUCCUGAUGCUCGGCAGAGUGAGAAUUUCCCGGCCCCCCCGGGGGGUUCACCCAUGUUGGGAACAUUUACUGGUAAACUGAGCAGAGAGGUGUUCUGCUAAAUGGAAAAAGGUUGUUUGCUCCUCAAAUAGACGUUGCAUCGGCUGCAAUGACUUCAAACAGAAAAUGAAAAACCCUCGCCGCUUACGAGAGGCACUCUAAAUGUAAAUGUGUUCAUUUAGGUUAAACCACACGGUUAUAUAACUCAUCCUGUGUGUUUUAUUUCACUGGAGUCUGUGACCAGGCGGCAAUUUAGGAGUCAACAAAUUGCCGACUCCAAAACAACAUGAAUGCUGUGAAGCUCCUGGAUCUACAGGAUUUCACUUACAUAACCAGUUUUAUCUGCAGGAUCGUAGCCGCCUCUAAUGCAAUUAUUUCUGCAUAUUUUAAGUUUCCGUGUUGCGCCGUUGCAUCACAGCUGUAGGUCUCUCACUGCUGUAUAUCUCAUCCAACCGAGAGUAUGUUUGCCCUCCAUGAAUGAUGAGCAGCAGUGAGGCGAAAAGAGGCGAAUAUGCUGUUUUCUAUUUUAUACUCUUGGCUGAAGAAAAUACUGAUACUUUGGGAAGAGUUCUGUUCUGUUCGUGAGAUGAUGUUCGGUGUUUUCCUCUAAUAAAGGCAGAUUACAGGCUUUUCCUUGGAUUCAAAAAUUCACUGUAACUUUGAAUUUUAAUGAAAUCUGAAUAUAAGGAUCAGCAUCAAACCUUUUGCAUCAUUGUGCACAUUAUUGAGAAACUUCUGGAAAAUCUAUUUAAUAAGUUUUAGUACAACGUGUGGAACUUUUUGUCUGAGUAAAUUUUUAACUUUUUAAAUCAUUGUAGAUCAAAAUACCGUGAAGAAAAGGAGGGGAGCCAGCACAUUCAAAUCUGCGCUGCCUUCUGAUUUUUAAGAGGACCCGAACGCCUGUGAAAACUCAAGUCAAAUUCAAUGACAGUCAGUACAGAAAAUCUGUGAAGCAAAUGUUCAGUCAAAUAUUUAAUUUUAGAGAGUUUGAUCAGAAAAUUAAUUAAUAUUUUUGUUUUGAUGACAUCCUAUUUUGAUCGCUGUUUUUUUGCAGUAAAAUCGUCCUGUUGUCCACUACAGUGGACACGCUCUAAAAUCUAAAAUAAAAAUAUAUUUAUAAAAAUCUAAAUUGUAAGUUGUUGUUUUAGCUUCAAAGAGGCUGGAAAUCACAAAAAAAAAGUUAAAUUGAAAGAUAUUUUUUUCCCUUAGUUCUCAGGAGGUUAUAGAGCACCUCUUAUACAAACAUGCAUGCAGCUCAGAAAGCAACACAGAAGAGCAGACGGACAGAUUACAAAUUUAAAAGGAUGACAGAAAUACCAGAAUAAAUAAAUAGAUAAGAUAAACAUUAAGACAGUAACAGUAAUAAUAGUCUGAUGCUAAAAGGAAGGAGGAGAUAAUUCUGAGUUAAAAUCCAGAUUAAAAGAGUCGAGUUUCAGUUUCCUUUUACAGAGUUAAAGAGUUAAUCACACAGACAUGUGGACGUUCACCUGCUCAGAGUUCGGUGGUGCUAGCUCUGCUGGUGUUCUCCACACUCGGCAAACUCGGCCAGUUUUCAUACUCAGCGCUAAUCCCAGUUGUCACUCUUACCCAGGCUAAGGGGAAGGGGUGAAAACACGCUCCUAAGAAACGCCACUCGAUUACUGCUGCGUCAUCAUGCCUCGCUGCUUGCUGGCUGAGUCGUAGACUGAUGCGAAAAUACCAGUAAACGAGUCGGACAACAACCUUCUGUCGUAAUUUUUAGCCGUUGUUAGCUGUUGUUAGCAAUAGCAGUCUGACAUCAAUGUAGCUAUCAAUAGCUAUAACUUCGUUAGCUAGCUCGUCAUAAAUGCAAACAAUUCAAAACAUUUAUGAUCAUUUCUUCAUGGAAAUACAAUCAGACCGAGACGUUAAGGCAGAAGAACUACAGCGUCUGCAAAAUGAUUAAUAUGGUGAUUAUUACUUUAAGGAAAUGAUAAAGUAAUGAUCAUAAAUGUUCUUCCUUGAGCUGCGAAACUCCACUGCAGUCCGUAAUGGACUGGCCUGAGGUCUUGUUACAAACAAGCGGCUGCUGGAAGAGAGUAGGUGAGUUGUGUUUAGUCUCUAGUGCUAUAGAGUGGUGUUUUAGUUGAGGUUUGUUUUUGUUUCCUCAGACUGCUGUGUAUUGCUAUCGUGCGGUCGUUACAAAAGUUGUUUUAACUAGAGAAGCAGGCGGUCGACAACAUUCAUCUCUGGAGGGGGGGUCUAACUCGAUGUUACGGUUAUGGUGUUAAUCCUAAAUUAAUUUUACACCGGAAUAUCCCUUUAUGGAGUCAAACUUUUGGGCAGCUCACGCCGGACCACAGAGGAGAUGUUGAGCUGAUAAAAAACGAGGUGUCAGAUUUCUUUGGAUUUCUCGUUUGGCUGGAAAAACCCUUAAAUGAAGAGUCCCGCUCACACUCCUGAGGCAGUGGGUGUAAUGAAGGAAAGUCUUUGACAGUCUCCAGGGUUUUUCGUGGACAGAUGGACAAACUCGGUUACAGACUGAUGGAUGGACCGUCUCCUCACAUUUCAUUGUGUGGGCUGAAAUCAGAGAGUACAAUCGGAGAGACUCGCCGAGCAAACUCGCUGAUUAGUUUAGGAGAGGAAUAAAAUCUAGUUCAUGAGGGGGGAAAGACUUUUGGUUAAAACACACCGAGUGAUUAUAUCUGGGCCAAACAGAAGUUUACUUGAUGCCGGAUGAAUCUUUAAUGAUCCCAGAGUGGAAUCAUCAAAAAAAAGGAGAAAGAUUCAUGAGCAAACAGACAAACAAAAUCAUGAAUAAGCUUUUUUUCCCGGGCUCCCUAAACUUUCUCAUCUACCUUUUCUUCUCAACUGUGUCUAAUUCUUUAAUAACGCUGUUUGCCUGUUUUUCCCCGCAGUUCCCCAUGAUCAGCGAGUUCGGGGACAACACCAACUCCUACUGCUCCUUCGAGAGCAAAGAGACGGCGCUGCUGCACUCUGAAAAUGGCAACCUGCAGCAGAGAGUCAACGUCCUGACCCACGAGGUAAGGAAGGAGGCGAGGACGCGAGGAGGGAGGAGAAAACGGGGGCUUGAGAAGGAGGAAAGGGAGGGAAGGUGGGAUGUGUGCAGAGGACGACAAAAUCCACCUUCUUACUCAGUGGUUUGGACUUUUUCGAGCGCACUCAUCGCUGCAACGGUUCUGCAGAAAUCCCUCCCUGCUUGUGCAUUAAUUGAAUUACUCGUGAAUGUAGGCCAACCCUGGUGGACACACGCUGAAAGACAUCCAGAACUAAUUAAGCACUAAAGCUGCUGCCCGAGCAAAAUUACAGAGAUCGGGUGUUUUUUAAGAAAGCGUCCAACGAGCAGUGUGACAUGGGAUUUUCACGCUGCUGCUCUAUUUUUGAGAGGCGGCAGAGUAAUUGGGACCAAAUCUGGCCAAGAUUUCUCUACGUGUCUUUUUCAACACAUCCUACGGUGCAUGAUGGGAUAACACAUUUUGUAAUUAGCUGUUUUUUAAGGAACAGCAUGAUUUUAAACACCAAACAAGACGUGUGCAUGCUAAUAAAGGCAGCAGUUGGACAAAGCAGGGCUAAAACUAAACCUGAAUCCAGCUGCUGCACAAAAAAAGAGGUCAGAGAGGGAAAGAAGGAGGACUGAGAGCGAGUGGAGAGGUAAAAGUGGAAGAGAGCGAGGGAAUAAAACAGCGCCUGGUUUCAAGAAAAGAAGGAAAGAGUUUAUAAGAGCAGCAGAAACGAUUAGUGCAGGAGACCCAAGGUCACAGAGCUGACACCAGGGGCUCAGAGAGAUGAAAUGUGCCAUGGCUCACUGAGCAUGCUCUGUAGGGACUUGACCACCACACACACACACCUUAUCCUUCUCUGUAGACCGUGGUGGUGACUUGCAGUUAUCAGAAAGAAAGCUGAGCUGCUAAUGUGCUCGCUCUCCUCAGACACUGUGAGUCAAAGAAAGUGAGUGGAGACGUGUGAAAUCAUCUUUUUGGGGACAUGGUGUGAAAAACGGCGACAGCAGCUGAUAUAACAGCCUUUUUACAGGAGACAGUUUUUUAUUUAUCUCUGUUAGAUAAUUCUCCUCUGCAGCUGGAUCAGGGUUCAGAUCUGUCUUAUAAAACUGUUCAGUAUUAAGACUUGAUAUAAAUGUGAGUGUGUUUAAUCUGAUUCAGAGGUCAGAGAAAAUAUGGAUACAGGAAACUAAUGUCAUCCCGAAUGAUGUGGAGAUAUGAGAGAGAUAUGAUAUGAUAUGAUAUGAUAUGAGAAAUAUGAUAUGAAAUGACAUGACAUGAUAUAAGAGAGAUAUGAUAUGAUAUAUGAUAUGAGAGCAACAAGAUAUAAUAUAAAAGGGAGAUAUGAUAUAAUAUAUGAUAUCAGAGAUAUAUAUCAUAUUAGAGAGAUAAAUGAUAUAAGAGACAUUAUAUGAUAUAAAAAUGAUAUGAUAUGAUGUGAUAGAUCUAAUGUGAUGAUAUGAGAGAAAUAUUAUGUGAUAUGAUAUGAGAGAGAUAUGAUAUGAUACGACAUAUAAGAUAUGAUGUGAUAUGAGAGAUAUUAUAUGAAAUGGUGUGAUAUGACGGGAUAUGAUAUGAUGUUAUAUGAGAGAUACAAUAUGAUAUGAUAUGAUAUGAUAUGAUAUGAUAUAAUAUAUGAUAUGAGAGAGAGAGAUAUGAUAUGAGAUAUGAUAUGAGACAUGAUAUGGUCAGAUAUGAUAUGUGUUUUGAAAUUAGACACUUUUAAUUUAAGUAGAAUUUUUUAUCCUUUAGUUAUCAAGAAUUAAUAUGAAUUAUUUCAUGAUGAUCUUGUCAUCAAUAAUUACAAAUUCUCUUUAUUGACAUUAUCUUAAUUAUAGCUAAUGUAUUAGGUUACCCUAUCAUAUGGUAUCAUGCAUCAUAUUAUAUCCCAUUAUACUGUAUUUAAUUACAUUAUAUGUCAUUGUAUCACAUCACAGGGCAGCACAGUGCAUCUAAUCUUAUGGUAUAGUCUUACAUUGUAUCAUAUCAUAUAGCUUAUCAUAUGUCCUCAUAUCUUGUCUUUUCACUCACAUAACGUCAUGUUGUAUCAUAUCAUAUCUUAUCAUGUUGUUUAAUUUUGAAUUAUGUAGAAUCACUUAACAAAGUUGCAUACUAUCAUAUCGCAUCAGGACUAAUAGCAUCAUAUCUUAUCCUAUCAUACUGCACAAUAUCAUGAUUAAAUUAUGUCGUAUCAUCUUAUAUCAUAUUGAAUCGUCUCAUAUCAUAGUGUUUUAUAUCAUAUCAUAUUGUGUCAUUUUAUAUUUUUAAAGGAUUUCUGAGAUUUUCACUGCUAAUCUGGAUGUGAUCAGGUAUUUAACAGCACAAUUUAAGAAGAGAGGAAGGACAAAGGGGCUGAGUUUUACACCUACAGGGACUUCUUAAUCUGGAUUUAAUCCUGUUCAGGUGGUAAAGGGGUCCACACUGAGUGAUUAAAGCCAGUAAUUAAAAAAAUAAAUAAAACACUAAAAAUGUGUUUAUCGGUUCAGAAGUUUGAGACCAUCCUCCAUCUUUAGAGUCUGGAUUCAAAUCAAGUCACCUGAGUCCUGAUCCAUCAGGAGGAUCACAGUCAGACUCCAAGACCUGGACUCAAGUUCUGCCAGACGGGGUACUCAACAAGUUAACUUUGUAUAAUAGCUGACUGAAUGAUGAUCUUGACACGCCCUCUUCUUCUGUAGCCGCUCAACGUCACUCAAGAUUAAUUUAGCACCAACACCUGUUAAUCUAGAUUAAAUUAUUUGCAUAUUCUCGGUGAGGAAAACGUCGGUUUUACACUUCUGAUCCCAGCUUCAGGAUCUGGACGGGGGUGAUAACGGCACAUAAAUCGAACAUUUUGAUAAAUUUAGACUCCUGGAGUCGAACCGUACGUCUGCAUGCACCUGUUUUCAGACAUCAGGCUGUGGAGUGAUCCAGCUGUCCUCAGUCACGAUUCUGUUGACAAGCCGUCCUCACCUUAAUGCCAGUUUUCAUCAAGCAUAUGUUACCAUAGACACACUGAAUAGGCCUCAGAGCUCCUGCACACACAGCUCUUUGUCCUCGCCGGCUCUCUGUUUAUCUCACUCCCUUGCAGCUGCUCCCACUCUCAUUCUCCACCUUAUCUGUAGUGGCCGUAUUCACCGAGAAGAAGAAGAAAAAAAAAUCAAAAUAUCACGUAUUUCUGUGUCCUCAUCUGCUCCGAAAAAUCUCUUCAUUUCGCUCGAAUCUGCGCGUCGUAAAAUCUGUGAUCAUUGCUGCUUCUGGUGACAUUCGCCGCCUUCUUUGUGCCGCAGUGUGAGGAGGAUAAAUCAGCCAGAGAUCAAGAAUUUAUAGAGCAGAAGAUGACUUUUGAAACAUGAUUUAUCCAUUUGACGAACGAGGCAGGCUCUCUUAUGCUCCUGCUGAGGUGUCAGGAUUUUGCUGUCCUAAAUUUGCUUCGUUAUGUAAUUCUUUCUUAAGAGACAUCUGAUGAGUCCCACACUCGGGAAGUUUCUGAUGUCUUCAUCUCUCUCUCUUUGUGGGGAAGUUUUGACAAAGAUGAGUAAAUGUGUGUCAAACCUUUCUCUCUCUCUCUCUCUCUCUCUCUCUCUUUAUUUUCCCUUCAGCUCCAGAAGAGGAAGGAGCGAGAGGAGCAGCUGGAGGACGUGAUCCAGGCCUACGAGAAGAUUCACAUGGAGAAGAGCAACCUCCAGAGGGAUCUGGACAAGAUGGUCAGGAAAUAUUCACCUCGCUGCACAUGCAGCCAUAUGGUCCAUGUAUAAUGAAUUUUUACAGCUUCACAUUCGGCUGAGGAGGGUGGAAAUUAAAACGUUAAACUCAUUUAAAUCCCAUAAAUGUGGGAGAUAAAUACACUGACGCUGCAAAACUUUUGGUUUGGAGCCGUUACAAGAUUUUUACAGCGUAUGAGAGACAUUAGGAAGAGAAAUGAGAAAAAAGAGAAACACUCCUGAGAGGAAAGAGAGGAAAUCUGUGAGAUUAUAACGAACAUCCUACACGCUUUUUAAAACCAAAUUUAAGACCCGAACAGAGAAAAAAUUAAACCAGUUUUUGAAAGUCAUCUUUAAACUUCUUCAAAUAUCAGAUAUUGUUUCUAUAAAAGUAUAAAACUCAAAUGUCAGAGCUCUUUGACAAACUUUGUUUACCCCGACUGACUACUUACAUCGACUGAAGCCAGAAUAAAAUAUUUAAAACUUAAUUUUUAUCAUUUAAAAGAGGUUACAGGUAAAAAAGUCAAAGUAAUGCAUCUGUUUACAUCCUGCUGAAUAUUGAUCCACCUGUGAAAAGUUCAAUUCGCCGAUUUAAAGAUGUUUUAUGAGUUUAAUGGAGUCAAAAGUUCUGAUUUGUGGGUGCUGCUGGACUGGUAAUCUGUGUUAGUGUCCCAUUUACAGAGGUCGUAAUCCUCACAUGUGCAGGUCUGACCUGUGACUCCUUUCCCACUUGUCUCUCCCUGUCCCCUCCCCUUGUUUCCGCCUCUAUCCUCAGUCCUGUCCUUUCAAAAAUAAAAACAAAAAGCAUAAAAAUAAAUGUUUAAAAAUAUUAAUUUUGAUGCUCUCCACCUCAGCAACCAGUAAAUCUAGUUAAAAUUAGACUUUUUAAAGACCUUAGAUUUUAAAAUCUUGGUCCCUGAUGGCUUUUUGGUCUAACCGCCAUCUUUAUGGAGGUUACAGUCCUCGUCUCUGCAGUUGCCGGUUUGAUUCCCAGCCAUGACCCUUUUGCUGCUUGUCUUUGCUCACGACAGUUCCUGUCUCUCUUAAGCCCUCCAAUCAAACAAAAGCAAAAAUGUUACAGAAAUAAGUCAUUUAAAUAAACUUUUAAUCUAGUUAAAGACUUUCUAGGACUUUUGAAGGAUCUGCAGGAUUUUUAUGGAAAGUAAAAGCUGCAAAUUUGAGAGAAAAGAGUCAAAGAUUUGUGAGAAAAAUAUUAAAUUUAGGUGAAAGAAAGUCUGAAAGAGUUUGUCAGAGAACCUUGUCACCUCUGCAUCAAACACUGCUGCAACAACGGCCCCAAUACGCUUGCAUAGAAAUCUGUCACAAAUGGUAAAACAGGACAAAAGGAUCAAAGGAGAGAGGAGCCGAAUGCAAACUGUGACGGCGGCGCUAAGUGCUGAAAUAAACUCCAUCACAGAGAAAGGCUGAAACAUGAAGGCAGUCACAGGUACGCUUAUCGGAGGUGUAAGCAGAAACAGAGAGACAAAAAGAGGAGAGAGAAAAACUCAAAAGUGGGGUAAAACUCUGCAGGAGCCUGAAACUGAAAACAAAGAGAAACACACAGACUGAGUACCUCAGAUAUGUGAGGGCAGUCUGGCACGGGUGAGACUCACAAGAGCGCCGUUUGAACGAGGAAAGGUAACGCAGAUGAAACAGGGAGUGUUGCUCUAGAAAACCCUCAGCGUCCAGUUCUGCAGCCUCAUUUCUGCCCAUUGAUUUCUCAGACGUUAUUAAUAAUUAUGCAGACGACUGCACCGUGAUUUUCUGCAAUCCUGUCGACUUUUGGAGAGGAGAUCCGUUCAAUGAAACCAAAGAUAAUAGAGAGUGUAUGAAUCAGUCCACUGAAAAGGACGAGAGUGUGGGUGACAAGUUUUUCAGACCCCUGGAAUAAGUAAUUACUCUGCUGCUAACCCUCAGUGAUUCUCCUGAGUGACCUCCUCGCUCCUGAAGUUGAAUCACCUUGAAUGUCUGAAUAAGAUUCACUGAAAAGGCUCAGAUCUUAGCGUGAGUAUUUGUGUUAUUUCUAGUUAGAUGUAUCUCAAUAGACUCUAAAUUUACCGAACAAGUCCAGAUGAGCCUCUUAUUCAAAGAUAUGACAGCAAAAAUAAAGCCCAGUGUAAUCAGCUGCGAGCUCAGGCAAGCGAUAAUAGUCAUACACUAACAAUGUGUGAGUUUUUGCAGUGUAUUUGAAGAAAGCAGCUUAAGGGCCUAUGUCCACUCACAACAUUUUUUUGCACUUCCAGUACCCGUGACUUUGGAUCUUGCUUUUGCAAAGUUAUAAAAGUUGUCUGGCAGCACUUCCACUUCCUAAAGUAGUAACUAAUAAGUGUGUUUAACUUCCCUCAUAUUUGCUUUAACUCUGGGACUGCUGACACAAUGCCAAUGUUUGAGUUUUUGCAGUUUAUUCGACAAAAUCAGCUUAAGGGCCUAUGUCCACUCACAACAUUUUUUGCGCUUCCAGUACCCCUGACUUUGGCAAUGGUCAGUUUAUCCUCAGUACAGACUUCCACUAUUGUUGUUGACAAAGUUAAACUGCAUUGAAAACAGGCCCUGUCACUGCAAGGAACACUGUUAGUGGAAACAGGCCCUAACGCCUCAUCAUGUGUAAGAAACAGUGAAGUAAAAUCCACUAACUGGCCUUUUUCUCAGUUACUUUGAUAUCUUAAGGAAAAAGUGAUAAUAAUGGUGAUGCAAGCAGAUGUAAAACUGGUUGCAAUGUAUUAGAAAAAAACAGCUUAAGGGCCUGUGUCCACUUACAACAUUUUUUGUGCUUCCAGUACCUGUGACUUUGGCAUUUGCUUUUGCUAAGUAAUGAAAGUUGUCUGGCAGAAAUUCCUACUCAUAAAGUGGUAAAUUUGAAGUGUGUUUACCUUCCCUCAUAUUUGCCUUUAUUUGUGGAAUUUACAAAAAAAUCAUAAAAAUGUUAAAUUGUAAAAUCAUGUAUCAUCAGUAGCAAAUUCCGGCCCUGGAAAUUGGACCUUCAAAAAAUGGGAAUGGUCAGUUUGCUCUUGGUACAGACUUCCACUAUUGUUGUUAACAAAGAUAAACUACAUUGAAAACAGGCCCUAUCACUGCAAGGAACACUGUUAGUGGAAACAGGCCCUAACGCCUCAUCAUGGUGAGAAACGCUAAGGGUUUUAUUUUAUUCCGGCACCACCAUGGAAGAAUGUAGAUUAUGAUAAAUUACUCAAUAAAACUCAGUAAAACUCAAUAAAAAAAAGAGAAAAAAGGCCCUGUCACUGCAAGGAACACUGUCAGUGGAAACAGGCCCUAACGCCUCAUCAUUGUAAGAAACAGUGAAGUAAAAUCCACUAGCCUUUUUCUCAGUCAUUGGAAAACAGUAAUAAUAAUGGUGAUGCAGGCAGAUGUAAAACUGGUUAAAAACUUUUAAAAUGUAGUAAAAGUCAACACAAAAAUCCCACCCUGCUCCUUAUUCCCACAUUAGAGAGGUUUUUCGGCUGCAUACGUGUAGAUUUCACUAAUAUUAGUUUCCCUGCGUACCCCUGAUAGUUCUGGACUCUUUUAUUGUGCUCUGUAAAUUUUUAAGCUCAUUAAAAUUUAUCCUUUCAGGCUAAAAAUUUUAAUUGCUCGUCUCACUGACUCAACAAUCCUUCAAAGAGAAGCUUUUGAAAUGUCUUCUGUUUAAUUACUCAACUAAAAAGAUGUGUGGUGUUUUUGUCCAAAUAAUUUUCCAAAAAGAUCCAAUUUUGAGUUUGUCGCCAAGUCUCUGCAGGUUCCUGUCAUUUUAAAGACACUUGGAGAAAAGCUUUUUAACUCUUUUGUGGGCCGUUUUUACAGUUGUCUGAAACUGUGACAGUCUCAUUUCUCUGUAACAAAUCAAAGUGGAUCCAAACCAGGUAGAGGCUUCCAACUGCACAGAUUGUCUGGCUGCUCCCUCACAGAUCCCCUCUGUGAUAAUAAAACGUCUCAUGUGAGCGCCCGGUCUAUUGAGCGGCUCCUGCCCGGCAGAAUCAGCAGUUUCAAACAGUCACAGUGAUUAAGGGAUAAAGUGCGCCACAAUGCCACCUGCCAAAGAAUAAUACACUUUCAAUGUCACCAGAAGCCGAAGCUGCAACAAGGCGGCGCCGUAUUCCAGCAGGGCUUCGCUGACCGACCUCUGACCCUCCAUCAGGGGGGAAGUUGUUCCUCUGUGUAUUCAGGAAGGCCAACAAACGCCCUCGCAACACCUUCGACUUCCAUCUCCAGCGCUCAUUGAUCCACACGGUGUAUUAAUAGAAACACAACCGACCGCUGACACAGAUCUGACCACACUUCGGCAUCAGCACAGAGGACGACAAACCAAAGAAACCCUCAAGGAUACGUGUGUUAAAUUUAGUUUCUGGUGCUUGAAAUGAAGACCCUCAGCUUUUUAAAAUAGCUGCAUCUGUUUGUGCAGAAUAUUCCCAGUCCUACACUAACACCUGUUUUAAAGACAAAUCCAAUAUUUUUAUAACUAUCGAACUUCUUAAUGUCAAAUAAAAGGAGGGGUUUAAAUCUGCGAUGUGUGUUUGCAGACGAGCCUGGUGGAGAAGCACGUGGAGCGGAUCCUGGACCUGGAGUCGGCUCUGAGGUCGAGGGACAGCUCUCUGCAGAAACUCAACAUGCAGCUGCACAGCAAAGACAUGCAGUACCUGCAGCUGCACGCCGGCCCCGACGCUCACAGUGAGUCGACCGUUUAUCAUCCGUGCAUCUUUCACUUAUUCAUUUGUCCAUCUUUCCAUUAAUCAUCCUGCCAAUCCAUCAGUCCGUCUCUCCUACUUUUAUCUGUUUAUUUAUGCACCAAACCAUCAACCAUAAAUACAUCCAUCUGUCCAUCUAUUUCUCUUAUCUUUCUCUCUCUCUCUAUCACCAGCUUUCCCUCCAUUUAAUCAUUUAUUUGUCCAUCAUCUUCUUAUCUAUUAUUCAUCUAUAAUUCUGUCCAUCAUCAUGUUUCUUCCAGUCCAUCCAGCCGUCUAUCUAUCGAUCUAUUUAUUUGUCUAUCAACCAUCUAUCUACUCAACCAUCGUCCAUCCUUCCACCAUCCUCGUACCUGUUCUUUAACCAUACGCCCAUCCAUGCCUCCAUCUUUAAACCAAUCCAGAAACCUUAAUUGAGGUUUGUCUUCAUCCAGCUCAGACUUUCUGUCUGAACCGUCCUGUCAGUCAAAGUCCGAGCAGCAGAGACCUCCAAACUAUGAUCUGGUGCCGCUGAUUGAAAUUCAAUCAUUCAGAGUGAAGCGCCUGCUGCUGUAAACUGGAGGAUUUCUCUCUGGGAGGUUCAGCCUGUUGCUUCCAUCUGUCCUGCUGACUGAUCUCUAUUGUGAUCGGCACGCAUUACCACAUGGAAGAAAAACCUGCGAGAGGAUUUGACUCAUAAAAUGGAAAUUAGUUCAUUUGUCUGAAAUAAAGUCGAGUUUCAAAGAUUGUCACCACACCACUUUCUCUGAGUUGAGAGGAGGAAAAUACACGUGAGACUCGAGACUCGUCUUAGCUCUCACACCAUGGGUAAUAUUUUCAUGAAAUUAGGUCCUGUAUAAAACAGAGCUGAACUGGAGCUCCUGAAAAGUGUAAGUGCUGUUUCAUUAACGGGAAAUCUCUGAAUGUCAGUAAACAGACAAAAAGAUCCCAGAAUAACUUAACAGCUUAAAAUGUUUAUAUAUAUAUAUAAACAUAUAUAUAUAUAUAUAUAUAUAAUGACUAAUGAAUGGAACAGUCCUUCUGUAUUUGGCCAUAAAACAUUAACUUUCUUUGUAUUUGUGUUAUUUAUCUAUAAUCACAGUAGAAAAAUCCUGCUCAUCAUUCCUUACAAGCUCAUGGGUAAAAGUGUUUUUUAUGUUUUGCUCCCUCAUCUUGUUAGGAGGUUCAGAGUCACUUUAAACAAGAUUAAACAUGACGGAUGAUAAAAAUAGGAGUAUUCAAUCUGCUAUGUCUAAUCUUUAUCGCUGGCGUCUCAAAAAGGACUUCUCAUAAAACAGAUUUUGAGUUUCAGGUGGACUUCUUCUGGUCAUGCAGCUCAGAAAAGGUUUGAAACUGAGGGACAGAACUUCAGUCUAACUGUUGUACAGUUUCCGCUCAACUUAAAGACAAGUUAGCUGAACUGUGCCCUCUUUACUGACGUGGGCGGCUGAUAAAACCAUAAAAAAAUGUGUCACCGCCACCUCACCAGAUGCCUCCACUGAGGGUAUACCUUGAUGAAGAGGAGGAAUGAAUUAGCACAGGAAUCGAACUGGUGUAUUCGAGGCUCUUUAGUAUGUUAUUAGUAAUGUGAGGACUCCGAGUUUGCGAGACAGCGUUGUUGAUUAAUAAGUGUUUGUGUGUAUGAAUGAGGUUUGUUACAAGGAAAUCUCUUGUAGUGCAGACUGUGUACAGCAUGUGUGCACCUGUGAUUCCACAUAUGAGUGUACGGAGGAGGAGGCAGGAGGAGCUGAGAGAGAAAAGAUGCUCCUGCUGCGUUAUUACACUGUCUUCUGGCCCAAGGACAGAGUGUGUGUGAGCGGAGCUGAAUCACUAUCAUGCCCACACAGGUACAAACUGAAAGAUGCUGGCCUUGGAAGGAGUCAGCUCUUUAGCUCUUUAAUUUUCAUCUUUUGUACAACAGCCAGGGUGGAGAAGAAUCCUGCAUCAGCCGGAGCGGAAAGCAGUGAUGAAUGUUUUAUGUUUCCUUUCGUCUUUACAGUGCUGGAUUGUCCGGCUAUGACCCUGCAGAGCUCCCGUAGCUUAGACGCCCUGUCUGACCUGAAACUACAGCGGCUGGAGGCGGAGCUGGAGGGGGCGAGGCAUGAGGCCCAGGGGGCGUGUCAACGGGAGGAGGAGCUAAAGGGGGAGUGUGAGAGGCUGAAGGAGGAGAUGAGGAUGCUGCAGAACAGCCAAAGGGAACGGGUCAGUGUUCACUUGUAUUUGUGUGAUUUUAAACCACCUCCACACCCUCUCAGUAUGCAAAUACACUUCACUUGUGUGCCAGGGGUCCACCCCAUCAGCUCCCCCCAAAAACCUGAUUCCCCGCUGGAUUGCAACACUUUUGCAAUCACUACACCUCCAAUUUCACAAAGCACAUGCAAAGAGUUAAAUAUGCUCAAGCUCCAACAAGACAGCUUUGUUAUAAAAGAUAACAUCUUUGUCUUUUCAGUCAAGAUGUAACUCAAAAUACACAGAUAAGAAAGGGUGAUGCUGACAGCUCAUCUUUAUACGAAACAAGAGCAAACUGUACAGGGUGUGUUUGAGUGUUUUUGCUCUGUAAUAGAAUUUACGAAAAAGUCUUAAAAACCUGAAGCCAAAGAGCAGAAAUGUACUGUCACUGAGAGACUGUUUUUAGCCAUUCUGCAGUAAGAAAGAAAGUAACAUGGCCACAAGAGGAAGAGAUAAAUAUAUCAAGAGUUUUAGAAGAGAGAUGGAAUGUAACAAAAAAAUAAUAUUAAAAAAUGGAAUUUUACAGGACAGUCAGAAUGUUACAAGAUCAAAGUCAGAAUGUUCCAGGAUUUAAGUCAGAAUGUAACAGAUUUAAAGUAAGAAUGUUACCAGAUCAAAAACAAAAAUGUUACAAGAUCAAAGUCAGAGUGUUUUAGGAUUGAAUCCAAAAUGUAACAGAUUGAAAGUAAGAAUGUUACAAGAUCAAGGUCAGAAUUUUACAAGAAUAACGUUACAGGACAAAAAUCUCAUCAUUCUGACUUUUGAUGGCUGAAUUUUUUAUUUAUUGUUUAUAUUUUUAAUCUGAAAAAUGCAAAAACGUGGCCGACACCUGCCCUUCAUACAGGUUACUGCAUUCAAAUUUACAGUAUAUAAACUGUAAAUUUUGCUUUGCUUUUAUAAUUCUUUAAAAGGCAUCAAUAUGUGUUUCAGUCAAUGUCAUAAACAUCAAAAAACUCCUUAUAGGAGCUUUAAUGCAGCCCUUAUAUACCAUUGUAGAGAAGUAGUCCAAAUUCAAUUAGAAAAACAACAGAGUGUGCAGCAGGAUGUGGACAUGAACACACAGAUUGUGUUCUGCAGGAUUGUCCGCAUACAUUAGUCCCUGUUAUUCUGGUCCACACUCACUCACAGUGAGGGGUCAACCUAUAAAGCAUGUCAGAGAUGAUGGACAGUACAAUUCAGACAGCUUUAAAGCACCACAGGGGGAAUAUAUUUCUGUCAUGGAUGUCUUCGGUGGGACACAAAUCCCUGACCUUGACCGUUUAGUCAAAGCUCGAGGCGAUGAGCUGUGCAGAGAGCAAAGAUCCCAACACACAGUCAGCCUCUACCAAGGACAUUUAAAAACUACUGCAGUCACAGUUUCUGUUUAAUAUGGAACUACAGUUUGUUCAAUCAGUGCUGCAUUCAGAGUUUCACUUCAAACUGGGAGGAAAAACUUGUGCCAAGAGUCAGAUUAACCCCUCUCACGUGUCGAAAUCUAAAGCGAAGCAAAUCAGCGAAUCAGAGAGACGGAAAAUGAAUGUUUUAGCUGCUUUUUUUAUCUGUAAAUGAUUGCCAUCUGCUCUCUUUAUCCCUGUUGAAGGCCGCCUGUCACUAAAACCUCCACACCUGCAGCUCUACAGGUAGCAGAGAAAAUAGAGAGAUGUUACAAACAACAUAGGAGCCUUAGUCUUUGCAGGGCGCGCUAAAGCAUCAAAUAUCAUGCAGCAUAUACUGUUGAUGUAUGUUAUUCUGCAUCAACAUGUUUCCUGUCCAAUAAUAUCAUGUCUUGUCAUCCUGUUUUGCGUCAUUUCAGAUCGUUUCACAUGGCUCUCCAUGUUUCAGCUUCACUUUAGGGGACAUCUGUGCUUAUCAGCAGAGAGAGACACGUGAAAGUAGUGAUUAUAAUAAUCUUGUCAAGUGUUUCUCACAGCUGAUUUUCUGCCCUUCAAAGCCACAUUACAGAGUUUUUAAAUAAUUAAGAAAGUUUAAAAAAAAAACUAAACUUCCCCCAAACAGAACGUGAUAAGAAAACACACAAAAACACACACGUUCACAGCCUGAAUAAUAAAUAUCAAUAACUGGAACCUGUUUCUCCCCCCCGGGCUCCUUUUUCCUGAUGGUGCUAACUUCAAACAUGUUGUCUCGAUGGGUUUUUGCUGUCAGAUUUUGUCCAAUAUCCCACCAGCACCUGCAUGCUAAUCUAAUUUCACGCUCUACUUCUGCAGGAAAUGACUUCUCCGUGCAAGCAGUGUGAUGUGGAGUGGAUAAAGAAGGUGGGAGACGAGCAGUAAGUGACCACAGCCGAUCUCUGGGCAGAGGGAGAAGGAAGGGGAGGAAAUGAGACAAGGAGGGAUGGGGGGGAAACACCCAGCAGUGAGUGUGUUAUUGGGAGGAAGCAGGAAGCAAGAGGGAAUAAAGACGGAGGAAGAGGAUGAAGCAUCAUCUGUAUCUUUCUCCUCCUGCUGCGAUGCUCUCAGGCCGACCUCCUGGGGUCUCAUUAGAAAAAAAGACAAACUCUCCAUCACUGGAUAACUGGGUUCAAGCAGCAUUAUCAAAGGGAUACUGCUCUACAUGCUAUACAAUUACUAAACGCAGAACUGCGUAUAUGUGACCUCAGCUGCAACCCCUGGGAGACAAACACACUGUAUUCAAAUGAAGCCGAGACAGAUUUACAACAUUCUUCAUUACUGCGAUAACAGAAACGGGCAGGAGACAUAAAGAGAGUGCAUACUCAGCAGAAUUUACAGACUAUUAUCUAUGUGCAGGUCUUCAUGUUUCACACAUGAGUCUGCAGCUGUUAUCACCCAAAAAACUACUAAAAUACAUCAGCAAGGAGUUUUAGUUUUCACAACAGUUCAUUUCAGGACAGCAGAUCGCUCGUUUGGGAAAAAUCUGACUGCAGGAAAACCACAAAUAAAGCCAACAAGUUAAAAUAUUUUUUUAUGCCAAGUGUGAAAGUUUGGCAAGUUAUGAUAGCCACUGGUAAGAAAAAAAAACUUGUUGAAUUUUUUCCUAAAACUCGAGAUUUAAGUUAAAUUUCAGACUUGAUCUCUAAAUCCUGAGUUUUUUAAAAAUUCUGUUGAAAAAAUAGAAUUUUUUUCUAAAAAAAAAGGGAAAAAAAAAAAAAAAAAAAAGGAAAAUCUCUUUUUAUCAGAAUUUUAAGAUCCAAAUCAAAAUUCUUACAAAAAUUGAAAUAAAAUCAAAUAAAACAUAACAGGUCUUAUUAAUUUUUCUAAGUGUUUAAGAUUUAAGUUAAAUUUUGAGUUUUAAAAAAAUUCUGAAAAUUCUGAAAAAAUCUCCAAUUCUGACUGGAAUCCCAGAAUUCUGAGAAAAAAAGUUUGAAAUAAAUAAAUAACAACUCUUUUUUUUUCAGAAUUUUAAGAUCCAAAUAAAAAUUCUUAAAAAAAAAAAAACCCUCAGAGUUGUGGAUUUUUAAAUAAGAUUUAUACAUUUUUUUUCCUCAGAAUUCCUAAACCUAAGGCAAAUUUGAUUAUUUUUUUAAAUUUCUUAAGAAAAAUAGUUAAAUAAUACAGAAUAAUGACUUUUUAGAUAAGAUUUUUUACUUUUUUCUCAUAAUUUAUAAAUUUGAGGCAAAUUUUGAUUAAACAAAAGUCAAAAUUCUUUUAUCUUGUAAUCUUGAAAAGUUUUAGUGACGCUUCAUUUUUUAAGUAGCAUAAAGAGUUCAGUGUAAACCUGCUGUGUUUGUUAUUCCUCCUAAAAUAGCUUCAGCUUGGAUUCUUAUAAACCGAAGUUGGUCAAGUUGAUUGAUAAUUUCCUGUAAAUGAUGUGUCACUCAUUAAUAUUUCUGCCCCAUUAUUUGCUGGAAACAGUUUGAUCAGUAGGGGGCAGUGUAAGCACAGUGAAGGACCUCUCCUGUCUAUUUCCUCAUGUCUGUAUUUGUCGGACACUUCCUCUCUACAAACACACAGAUCUGCAGCGAGUCUUAAGUGUUUCCACUAAAUCCUCAGCGGCUGACAGAGAAACGCUCAAACUUCAGCUGAAAGGAAAGAAAGAAAGAAAGAAAACAGCCUCUUUUCAUGUCCUCUCCUUCUUCUUCUUCCUCCUCCUCCACCUGAAGCGUUGCAUGACUGUUUACGAGGUGUUAAAAAAAAGGUAGAAACCGCAGCAGGCUGGGCAGCUGACUCCCACACACUGAAAGAAGCGUUUCGGGGUGCAAACUGAAAGUAAGGGCAGCGGUGAGGGAGAACACAAGCGUGUGGUGGUGAUGCCUACUGCUGUUUCCAGACCUCCGUCACCUUUUGCUUUUACUCACCAAUAUUACUCACUCCCACCGAAAAAACCUACGAUGAAUUGACUCUGUUUCCUGCUGCUCUUUCUUGUAAUUGGCCUCGUUUAGUGUAAACUGCACAGAUUGAUAAGUAAGAUGUUUCUUGAAUGUGCUGUGUGGAGGAUAUUAACAGGCCGCCUUUGCACUAAUGAUGGUGAGCACUUUGUAGUCUGGAGGAGAGAGAGAGAGAGAGAGAGAGAGUAUGUGAUGUUUUAAAAAACCUCCGUAAAUGAGCUCCUCUUUGAUACUUCUCCAAAAACUGGAGAAAUGUUGAGAGCAGCUGCUGGACUGAGCCUCUAACAGCAAAACAAAUCAAACUUUAUCUUCCAGAGUGAAAGUUUAUACUCGAAUAAUUAAACUACAUGACAGAAAUGAGCUGCUUUAAUCAUGCAUAUUAUCAAAAUUAGCAGUUUUGAUGCUGCUCUGGAGUUUAGUCAAAGUUUAUUCAUAAAGCAGCAGUCAAACAAAGUGUUAUAGAAUAGAUAAAAGAAGUAAAUAAAUAGAUUACAAUAAAAGAUUAAAAUUAAAAACAGUGGAAUAAAAUACAGACAGUUAAAGAAUAAAAGCUACAGUGCUGAUGAAUAAUGUGUGCUCAUUCAUGAAACACAAGGGAGAAAAAGGAGGAUUUAAGAGUCUGUGAGGCUCUAAUACUGCCAGGUAGAAAAAGCCCCGUCACCUCGAGACUUCAGUCUGGUUUUGGGGUCGUCUAAAAGCAACUGGUCGGAAGACCUUAAAGGGAUAUUCUGGUGUAAAAUUGAUUUUGGAUCAAACACACUGUAACACCGAGUUAGACACCCCCUCCAGAGAUGAAUGUUGUCGACCACUUGCUUCUCUAGUUUUACCAACUUUAGUAACGAUCACACAACAGCAAAACACAGCAGUCUGAGGAGCCAUAAACAAACCUCAACCAAAACACCACUCUAUAGCCACAAAUAAUGUUUAGAACAGCACCUAACUUCAUCAACAGGACAUAUAGGGUCACAGACAUAGUACUAGACACCAAACAUCUUUUUAACUUUGACUCAUUUCUUUAGCAAAGAGACUAAACACAACUCACCUACUCUCUUCCAGCAGCAGCUUGUUUGUAACAAGACCUCAGGCCAGUCCAUUACAGACUACAGCGGGGUGACGCAGCUCAAGGAAGAACAUUUAUGAUCAUUUCUUCAUGGAAAUACAAUCAGACCGAGACGCUAAGACAGAAGAACUACCGCGUCUGCAGUGAAAAAUGAUUAAUAUGAUGAUUAUUACUUCAAGGAAAUUAUAAAGAAAUGAUCAUAAAUGUUCUUCCUUGAGCUGCGGCACUCCGCUGUAGUCUGUAAUGGACUGGCCUGAGGUCUUGUUACAAACAAGCUGCUGCUGGAAGAGAGUAGGUGAGUACUGAGUAUUAUCUGUGGCUAUAGAGUGGCGUUUUGGUUGAGCGCGUGUCUCUCUGUAUUUCUAUCCUGCGGUCGUUACUGAAGUUGGUAUAACUAGAGAAGAAAGCGGUCGGCAACAUUCAUCUCUUGAUGGGGGUGUCUAACUCGGUGUUAGGGUGUGUUUGACCCUAGAUUAAUUUUUAUGCCGGGAUAUUCCUUUAAAGCUUUGGCUGGGUAGUGGUGAUGCAGGAGCUCUGACAGUUACAAAGAGGCAGGACCAUGAUGGGAUUUAAAAAGGAUUAAAAGAAUUUUAAAAUCGACUAGGAGCAAGCGAAGGGUCACUAAAAUCGGGGUCAUGUGGUCAUGCUUUUUUUUUUUGUCGGAGGAGUCGAGCAGCAGCGUUUUGGAUGAGCUGAGGGUGGUCGAGGUGCUCAGUUUGGUUGUAUACAUAGAUAUUGUGAAAAUGGACUUUAAACAUGACUGAUAUCAAACUGAAUCUAAUUCCUCCUGGUUGGCCUAACGCUGCAUUCAGGUGGAGUCAGAAACUGUAGGAAAAAAGAGUGUCUAAUCCUGAAUUUGAACAUAAGCGUCUGCUCCAGUCAGAUGAAACAACUCAGUAAGUUUCAUCCUGGAUCAAAAUGCCAGGUGACGUUAAAGCCGCCUUCCUCAGAGCUCACAGGUGUGUUCUUACUUAAACUGUGCGUCCUCGUGUCGCUCUGCCGCCGAACUUGACUUUUAGUUUUCAUCUAAACUUCUGUCGAAUUCAUCACUGCUUGUGUAAAACUGUUUGUGUGCAGCUUGUGGCUGAUUCUGCUGCCCAACACAUUUGUCAUCGUGACUACAUCAGUGAAUUCUCAAUUUCCUCAAUCGUCACCAGCGAUACACAAACACGCUGCCCUCGCCGACCACAAGGCCACAAGCAGCGCUGCAGAUGCUGCCAGAACAGCGACGCCCUCAACCUCCACAGAGCCACUGACUAAUACUGCUCAACUUUCAGAAAGUGAGAGCAGUUUCCAAUAAAUCACAGAAAGAUGAUCAACUCAAGAAGAAGAAGAAGAAGAAGAAGAAAUCUAUGUACUCUGCAGGGUUUUUGUGCAAAUUUCUGAGUGUUUGAGUCAAAGUUACCUGGUAGAAACGGUUAAAAAAUGAGAGUUCAGUCGACGUCGUCUUGGUGUGAGAACCGUUUGACACCUCUCUGUUUGGCUGGAAGUGCACAGAGUCAUCGUUGUGAAGUCAGGCCUGCAGAGUGUGAAAAGCCCCCGACGUUUAACACCCGCCCCCCUCCACAGGCCCAAAACUGUGCAAAGGAGAAGUUCAGUUGGUGCAUUCGUCCACAAACAUCCUACUCUGUGCAGAAAACCGGACCACAGCGUGACUCUCUGAAGAACGACCACGUCAUGCUGACCGUCUCCUCGUGUUUUAGUUCCUCUCAGGACGAGUCUGAAAAGGACACCAAACGUUUGAUCUGAUGGAGAAUCGCAUCAGAAACACAUCACACAAUAAAGUGCGCACUUGUAUUUAGCGUCCGUAAAAGCUGCAGCAUCUCCUUCAUCACACCCCUCCCACACAGCUCACUGUACGCCGUACAGUACGUCUGCACUCAGGCUAAGAAGAAACGCAGCGCUGUGCUGACAAAGUAUUUUUAGACGAACACAAACAAGAAAAGUGAUUUCACACACCGGCUAAAGUAGGUUUUAGUCGUGUUUAGAGUUCACACAUCUGCUUUACUACACGCCGCCGUCACUGAGAGGUGUUACUGUCGGGCCCGCGGCCUCUGACACAGAUUGUCAAAACGCACAAUCGCAAAAGACUGAAAAGUGAGACGGGCGCACGUGUGAAAAAGGAAGAGGAGCGUGCUUUUAAAAGAAGAGGAGACAUUCAGUUUGUGUUUAGAGUCGAAGGAGACGACCCAGAGAGAGGAGAGAAAACAGGGAGAGUUAUUAAACGACAAGCUCCGCCCACCAUGUCAGUAAGUCAGCUAAUGAUCGUCUUUUUCCGACAGCAUGGUUGUGUAAGUUUGCAGCUUUUGACACAAACAGAGAAGGCCGAGAUAUUGAAGGAGGGGGAUGAUGAGGGGUUUGAUACCCCCACUCUGUCUGAGUCAUCUCAGGUCAGAGGGAAAAAAAGGUCGACCAGCCGGGGGAGGGAUGACUGAUCUCAGCUUUUUUGUGGAAACGGUGAACUUCUUUGAAACGGGCGGCUGGAUUCAUGAAGAAAUCUGCACAUCCUGGAUUUGGAAAUCCACAAAAGUGUCAUAAAAUUAAAUCUGCACCUCUUUUUAGUCGACACAAUGUGGAGAAAUGUGAACCACGUUAUGUUUGUCUGAGAGGCAGGUGAGAGGGCUGAAUAAAGUUAGCAUGCGGGGGUGUCGAGGAACAUAUUUCAUAUUAUUAGUCACUGUGUUUUUUCUGCACAGAGUGGUUUAUGUCUCUUUUUCGUUCCUAUAAAUGCAGCAGAGAUCCACAGCGUGUUUUAAUCUGACACCAUCAAAAGUCGAAUUUUAGUCCACUCAGAGGUUCGAUUCACACGGUUAACAUCCUCUUUUUUCAACCCUCUCUCUCCCUCUUUCUGUUUGUGUUUGUGAUGAUAACCUUUGACCUGAACAGACGAUUUGAGGUUGAAAAGUGACGUCUUGAAAUGGGUGAAAGGAGGUCGAGGUAAUUAUAAUGUGCUGUAUGUCUAGUUUUGUGAAAACGGGGUCAAUCUGGUUCAGGACGUUCAUGCAGAGAGAUUUUUGAGAUGAGACGGCACAAAGGUGUUUAGAUGUUCUGCUCACUUUACUGUAGAUGAGUUAUAGAAAGAGCUGGAGCUGACUGAGACGGUUUGUUUGGGUGAUUUAAUCAACAUUUAGGAUGUAGCUGCUCCGGCUGAUUCAGACGAGGAUUUUCCACAAUCUAGAUAUUUAUUUUUUUAUGGUUAAUUAAGUGUAAAUGAAAAAUUAGAGAAAAUAAAACAUGUUAAACUGAUUUUAAGUUUUUUUGAUAAACUGUUUUUACAGGAUAAUCAUAUAUAUUCUUGAUUUAAAGCUCCUGUGAGGAGUUUUUUCACAUUAAUAAAAUAAUGAUUUUAUUUACUGAUAAUGUGGGGGGAGGUAUCACCGAUAUGCAGCUGCAGAAACAGCCCUGUUUUAAAGUUACUCACAAUAAUUGGGAGUCAGCAGGAUUAGAUUUUAUGAUCAAAGUUAGUACUGAAGCCUGUAGAGGACAAAAUAAGAAAGACUGAUUUGUCUACAGGAGCUUUAAACAAAAUAGAGAUAGACGGAUUACUCUGAUAAACCAAAAAAACAUGAUGUUGGAAGUAUUAAUAAAACAUUUUUUUACAAAUAUAAUAUUUUUUUAUAAUAAUAAUAAUAAUAAUAAUAAUAAUAAUAAUAAUAAUAAUAACUUCAAUUGUUUAGAGCUUCUUAAAAACAGAGGUUUACAAAGUGCUUGACAAAAGUAAUAAAGCACAAGAUCGUCAGAAACAAAAACAAAAAGUAAACCUCAAAUAAAACCAUGAGGACCAAAAUAAAAACAUAAAAUCAUUUGGAAAAAUUAAUGAAUUAAUGAUCAAUUUAAUAAAUUCUCCAUGGAGCUUCAUGACUGGUUAAAGUUUGGGAGUUAUGUCGUGUUAUUAAACUAUAGACUGUUUAAUAAACUGACACAAUGUCGGUAAAACCGCCCAUUUAGUCGCCAUAUUGGAAAUGCUGACUCAACCUACCAGAGGCGGGUCUUUAACCUGUCAGUCAAAUCAGCCUUGCCUCUGAUUCGUCGGCUUCAUUCCUCAAAACUGGAGGCUGUCGCUCGUAUCAAACCCAGAGUUUAAAGGAUGUUGUUGUUAGUUUUUCUUGAAGGCGGCUUCUUACAGAAUAUUUGCGUUAAGUUCUACAAACACGACAUGUCUGCAGACACGGUUAUACCGAUCUGUGGUUUCAGCUCUGAAAACACCUCAUUUGUUUUUGCGUUCACGAUCCAACUGCACUCCUCCCUCUUCUUCUUCUUCAAACGUUACUCACACCGGCAGGAGAAGCUGAUUAUCUCUUCAGAUUUCAGGUUAGAUUUCAAAGUUUCCUCUCUCACCUCUCCUCCUGUAAAGACUCUAAUCUCAACACCAUCUGUGCCAGGAUGAGUACAUUUCAGAUCAGCUCUGUGGGGUUUAUAAAAAUUGGUUUGACAUUUAAAGAUAAGCUGUUUCUUAUCAGAUUCGGGCCGGUGGUGACUAAGAAGCUGCACGUCUAUCUGGAUUAAAUGCCCAGCAAUGAUGCAAUUUAUGCUUUCUGUAUCUGCCUAUCUUUAACCACAUACAGUAAACCUGUUUCUGUCAUCUAAGCUAAUAAACUUUAAUAUAAAAGAUAAAGUGUUCUUGGUGAUCUUUUUGUACUCAACACCCACCUGAGUGUAAUUUGUGUUGUGGACUCGAGAUAAAGCUAAUAAGGCGAGACAAAGUCGGCUUGUUUCCAUGGUGAAAAGACGGAGAAGCGUGUACGCUGACCCUCCUUGUUUACACGUCUUGAAAUAGAGUCGCCGUGUCAGCGCGGCCCCAGAGAGAGUCAUGACACAUUCUGCGCGAAACGGUGCGAUUUCAUACUCCUCAAUUAUGCGCCGUGACUUGCACUCUAAAAAUAAAGCGCCUCUCAAUUAGGAGGCUGAUAUGUUAAAAGACGACGGAGACGAGUCGUAGCUUCAUUCAUCCCAGUAUCAGAGAAAGCCUGAAGAUCAACGAUGGUGAAUAAAGAGUGUAUGUGUGCAGCAGCAGCAGCAGCAGCAGCAGCAGCAGCAGCAGCAGCAGCAGCCGCAGCAGCAGCAGCAGCAGCAGCAGCAGCAGCAGCAGCAGCAGCAGCAGCAGCAGCAGCAGCAGCGGUCACGUCUCACAUUCUGUGUUGACGGUGAUUAUGAUAAUGACAUAAUUUGCUUUUCUUCCUGCAGGGUAAAUUUGGCUCUGGCCUACACCGAGUUAACAGAGGAGCUGGGACGCCUCCAAGCUCUGAGCUCGAAGCAGACGGAGAUCCUGAGGAAGGCGUCACAGGAGCAGGCCAGUCCAGGUGAGCAACGAAGGCAGAGUUUUAAACACACCUGUGCGACCAAUAUCAGAGUUAAAAACCUGAUUGGCUUUAAUAUAGACAACAGAAACCAUCACUGACUGCACAAGACCUGAUGGGACUCAAAUUUACCCCUUUUUUGUGUAUUUGACGCAGCUGUUCCCCGUGCAGCUGAGAAAAUCGAUAUUUGGUGUGGAUCUGUCCUCCUCCCCAAAACUAGGGGGCGAUACGGGUCUUUUCAGCAGCACUGUUUCAAGGACAUUUUUAAAGAUGUCUCCGUUCCUCAUUUUUGACCGUCCAUAUACUUUAAGAUAUCCAUUUCUGUCAGGACGGAAAGUGUAACGACACUCUUCUCGUCGUUCCAAAAGUGGACGUUCUUUCGUGCUUCAGUCGUGUUGCAGCUGCUUCUGAGUCAAAAAAGAGAGAAACAAUCCGCACACUUCUGGUCUGUUGCAAAAAGCUCAGGAAAGCUCUUUUUGCAACAGACCAGAAGUGUGCGGAUUGUUUCUCUCUUUUUACUUUAAAGUUUCUGCUAAUCCUGCACCUUCUCUCCAGAUUGAGCGGUGACCCUUCACUUUUUCACCUAGUUGCUUCUGAGUCAAAGGUUCUUUAAAUGAUAGCGCCACUUCCUCUCUGGUGUUUUUUCCCGGGGUGAUGGAGACGUGGCAAACGCGCACAGGCAUUGUCCGAUCAUACUCCGACUACGCCGUUUACAUGGUAGAGAAAAUCGAAUUCCAAUCCCAUUAUCUGUGUGUUUUAAUCGGAGUUUUCAAACACCAAUUACAGCUGGACUGAGGUGUUUACAUGACCUUCAGUUGUCCGGUCAGAAAGAACUAAAUUACUUCAUUUUUGGGAACCAUGAAUUUAAGUUCAAAAAGUGAAAUUAUGAACAAAGAACUGAACUAUUUCAUUUUAAAAUGUGUGACCUGAACUUCGAACCAGUUCAGGUAGAAAAUGAACUUUCCCAACACUGUUAAAGGGACCUACACACACAUCCAAAACAAACUUUUAUUCAUGUUUUUAUUUUUUGACACCAAAUAAACCGAUUUGGGCAAAAUGACGUCGUUAUUGUCGUGCAUGCGGGUAUCGGUAAAUUUUCUGUUUAUCGCCCAGCCCUACAUGAGACCCCGACUUAAAAAAGGGACGCCAAACAAGAUUUUUAAACCCAACACUUUAUCAAAGAAAUCCACAAAAACAUUCAGAGACCAAGAAAACAAAUAUGGCCUGAGCUGAAAUAAACAACACCUCCCCCUGGACUUAUGGAGGAACGAGCGAAGACCACGAAAACAAAACAGUAUGUGCUGCAGUCCUGAUAACCGGUCUCACUCACAUCCCACACUGUUAGACCUUAAAAAAGCUCAGUUAAGACGCGAAUAAAGAAAAAAAAAAUGUGUUUUUUACUUUUUAACAUUAAAGGAGCAUAAAACAAAGAUGUAGCAGUAAAUUGUUGCUUCAGUUUUCUCACUGUCAUGUUAAAGUAGUCGCACUCUUCCUGCGUCUACCCCAUGUCUCCUAACUCUGCAUCCUCUGCUCACUUUCAUGCAGAUACAGACGAAUCUCCCCCUCAGGUCCUUUUGUGUCACAUUAACACUCAGAUCCCUGAUCGUGGAGAGGAUUUGAUUUCCCCCUCGGUCGUGUUUAACAACAGGACAAACACACUCAGUGAGUCGUUUGUGUGAAAACCAAGAAACUCUCCUGUCGUCCUGUUUGACUGUUUCCUCCUCGUUCAGAGCGUUUCAGAGCACGAACGCCCCCUCCUCUUUAACACCUCCUCACACCAGCCGUGAAAGAUAUUUCCUCUUUAGUGUGGAGCUGAAGCGCGGACUGACUCAUCAACAUGUCUCGUAAUUACAUGAAACAGUACCACUGUACUCAGGCAGAUCACAAUCGUUUGAUGAUAACAAAGAGGAACAUGCGUUUCUGCCAACACGGUGCUGUCACAGAGACUCGCCUGGAGGAAGGUUUAUCGAGUAAAAAAGUGACACAAAACUCCUCCGAUGAAAUUUAUAGUCUCGGUUUUUUUAAUGCCAAAUAGAGGGAGAAUAAUGCCUCGUGUUUCAGCCGCUGACAUUUUCAAGCUCAGGGAAAUGUCAGCAGCUGGAUUGAUGCAUCUGCAGUUUGGGUGCGAAAGUGUUGUUGAUGUUUCCUCUUAAUUAUGAUGCAAGGUCAAAAGUUUGUGGACUGUAAACAGAUUCUGAAUAAUAAAGGAAAAAAAAGGUGAAAACACACAGCUGAGUGAGAGCUUUGCUUUACUGAUGGUUCGUUUUCUCUGUCUGCAAGUGCAGCUAACAAAAGAAUACAGGUGAAAUUUUAACUUUAGUAACAAGUGAAGCCUUUUUGAAAAAUGAAUAUUAACGUUUAGAUUUCCUGAUGUCCUUGAAUGCAUCGUUAAUCCAACAUAUCCAGGGUGCAGAUUUUGCUUUACCCUAAACUCAGUCUAAAGUUUCUAGUUGGAUUCAGGGGCGUGUCCAGAGGGGCGGCCAGAGGUGGUCCCGGCCCCGUUGAAAUGUGAUUGGCCUCUUAAAGGGAUAUUCCGGCGUAAAAUAAGUUAUGGUCAAAAACACCGUAACACCAAGUUAGACACCCCCUCCAGAGAUGAAUGUUGCCGACCGCUCGCUUCUCUAGUUAUACCAACUUUAGUAACGACCGCAUGAUAGCAAUACACAGCGGUCUACAUCUCCACGCACAAACCUCAACCAAAACGCCACAAAUAAUGCUCAGAACAGCACCUAACUUCAUCAACAGGACAUAUAGGGUCACAGCCACACCACGAGGUAAUCACGAAGUGCAGCGGAGUUUCGCAGCUCAACAGAGAACAUUUACGAUCAUUUCUUUAUCAUUUCUUUGAAGCAAUAAUCAUCAUAUUAAUCAUUUUGCUCUGCAGACGCGGUUGUUCUUCUGACUUAGCGUCUCGGUCUGAUUGUAUUUCCAUGAAGAAAUGAUCAUAAAUGUUCUUCCUUGAGCUGCGAAACUCCGGCACAGUCAGUAAUGGACUCGUCAGGGCUUCCCCCACAAACAAGCAGCUGCUGGAAGAGAGUAGGUAAGCUGUAAUAAAUAUAGUCUGUUUUAAUCACGUUAAUUUUUUCUUCUGUGUUCCUUCAGUCCAGCGUCACUCUCCUAUCCACCACCAGCGCCACUCUCCGGUGUCUCAGCGCCACUCGCCCAUCUCACAGCGCCAUUCUCCAGUCCCACCCCCGCCUCACCACUCCCCGAUCCAGCAGAGACGCUCCCCCGUGCCGCAGCGUCUCUCCCCGGACAUGCACCGCCGCUCCCCCCUGCUGGACAUCAACAACGGACCCGCGUCGUACUCCUGCCGGCCGCCCAGCCAGCACCUGAGGGCCAGCUUCCAGGGCCGCCGCAGCUACUCAGAGGUUUCAGACCCGUCUGCUUACCAGUGCCCGCCCCGCUUUUCCCUGGACCCGGUCUCCACCCUGCCUAAGCCCCGCCCCUACAUCGACGGCUACUCAAAACAGCAGGCGCAACAUGUGGGCUCUUCUCAUGGACUGCAGCACAGAGGCUCCCCGGCCUCCCAUCAAGGAGGAGGAGGAGACGGGGGCCACGGGGAGAGCUCCAUGCGCCACUCUCGAGAGAUGCCGUUCCCGCUCUCCGAGGUAGCCCACCUGCAUUUUGAGCCCCCUCCUCCCUCCACGCCGGCCCCACAGCCCCCACAGUCCUCUGAAGACGAGGAGGAGUGGACCUGCCCGCAUCCCAUCAGCCCACCCCGGACGCUCGGCGUAGUGCCCAGCAGCGUCAUGAGGGGCCCGGCGUCCUGCUCGGCCUUCCCCAUCCCGCAGAGGUCCAACACCCUCACCUGCCCCCCACAGCCGGGCUACAUGUCGGCGGAGCACGCUCAGUCCUGGCCUUCGAUCAAUGUGAGUCAAAGAUUACCGACUUAAAAAACAGUGUCGCUACCUGAUCUGUACUCCAGAUUGUACUACGCAUGUGCAAAACGUACGCCACUUCCUCUACUAGCCAUCUUUGCGGCAGCUUCAGCAUUAGCGAGCUCGCUUCAGUCAGAAUUGGAUGCUUCAGUUUAUCACCAGCAACACGCUUGUCUUUGUUACUGAACGCAGCGCUUUGGAAUUCAAGAGAAUGGCGCCCAGUUUUACGAUUAAAGGUUCCUACUGCAGCUAAAUUGGAAAAUUGCAUAAAAUUGUUAUAAAAAGGCUUGAAUGAAAGGAAAUAUUUCAUUGUUAAAAUUGAAACGCUGUAUAGACGGGUUUCUGUGCAACGUCAUCACGGGUUGCGCACACAGCCUCAGGGCAGAAAACGGGACAUUUCUUAUUUGUUUACUAGCGUAGUCAACGGAGAAAGAAAAUGACGAGGAGCUGUUGUGCUGAAAACUGUACGAAUCGGCAAAAACAAACAAUCGGCAAACAUUACCACCCUGCUCCUGAUAUUAGAAACAUAUAUAUCAACGUCACAACCUGGUAAUUCAUGGACAUUUCAGCAAGUGUUUUUCUGAUUUUGUUGCAAUAAAAGACAAUGAAAUGACAUUUUAUUGCGAUUGUGUCGGGAGAACUUGCAAACAAUACGGCAUUUUCCCCCUGGUUGCGCGCGCACCUAGUAGAUAGAUAGAUGGAUUUAGAAAUUUGUCUUCACCAACUGUACAUUAC